GUUGUGGCUGUUAAACUGGAUUUACGGGUUUACCAUUCUUGCAAGGUAAACGAAAAAAUCAUCCUUUGGCUUGUGCUCAAGAAAAAGCGAUUCCAACACUUUUUAGUGUUAUUUUGAGCUUGAUCGAAUACAAGGUGUUACCAAUAGCUUAUUUCUCUUCUCAUAUUUUACCGUUCUAAUUAUUUCUGUAUCAGUGGCGAGACUGUGAUCUAAAUUUUGGCGUUGUCACGCACCUUAAGAAUCAUCUUCGAGGUAAACACUUAAGACAUUAUGUUGCGUUGGUUACAACUAUGUGAUGAGUACUUGAAUGUGACAGCGUUGAUUGCGUUACUCGGUGACAUAGGACCUGUUUGAUAAACUGUAAGCUUUCUUAAGAGAACAGUUUUGGAAUGCAAGCCACGCGAGAUAAGUAAUUGAUAAAGACAAAUCUUUUUUGGAUUCACGAUAAUCAUGGUUUUACUUUUUUCGGCCCAAACAAAAUCAAAUUUUAGCGCUAUCUUCUACUAAGUUGUGUAAAUGCCAAUAAGCGUUGAAUGCGUUACUCCUCAGAACAUCACGUCAUGGAGGAAGGUUCUGUUGAAGCGUGUCACUGGGCGGAGCGUGGAGACAAGUUCUCAGCCGAUGACGACAUUUCGGUAAGUUGACUUAUACUCUAAUACUACGGACGGAUCGACGGACGGACGUGCUGACGGAGAGACCCGAUUGGUUGAUUGAUUGAUUGAUUGAUAUACUCGUAGGAAACCUUACUUGCGAGUGCUUGCCAGUUGUAGUCAAUGCCAUUUGAGAUGAAGGCAGUAACAUUAAGAACUUUUUUACAGCUACGAUUUCAAUACAGGGUUUACUUAUUCAAGUUUCUUUUAAUUUUUUAAUAACCAUCUUUCAUUGGAGCUCAUAAGUAAAAAGGUGUGAUGAAAAUUCACCUCCAGUGUUGUAAGAAACCUAUCUGAAACCACGUGAACCCGCGAUUUAAAACAAAUGUGGUAAGAUUUUUAUUCAUCUAUAUUUUUCUUUCUUGUUCUUAGACUGUUCUCAAGCGUGUGCUAGGUCACGUGCCUGCACGAACAGCCAGAAAGUCAGCGAAAUAAUCCG